AUCAUGUACACAAUAAAUAUUGUUUUCAUUUGUAGUGAUUGCAUCAAUUGAACCAGAAAAUGAUUAACAACAGUUAAAUAGUUUCAAUUAAGGUAUAAGAACAAACUUUGCUCAAUUUUACAUUAUGCUCAGGUAUGUAAUGAUGAUUGCAUAUCUUCAAAGUUUUACGGUGUCACAACAAAAUAAAUUUUGGGACUCUGAGUUGACUCCGAGUGUGAUUUAACAAGACGACGUCAGCGUACUUUAUUAUCUGUAUAGAAAAUAGUGAAACUUAUCUGUUUCAUUUCUUUUGUUGUCACUUGUCAGUGUCAUUGUCAAAAACGUAUGUCAAACAAAUCGAAACGGAACAUUGCAAUUGCAAAGCAAAAUCAAAUUAAAAAUCAGUCAAAAGAAAUUCAAAUGUUAUAAAUAUUAGAAGAGAUACAAAAGUUUUUAAUAAUAAAAUGGCUUCUCAUUUAAGCACCAAGGACAGACUGUUAUCUAUAAUCGACGAUAUGGAACUAAUAGCCAAAGAGAUGAUAGAGGUCUCAAUAGCGCCGAAAUCUCAAAAAUUAUCAGCUGCUGACCAUGCACAAUUGACUGAUUUACUGCUUGCUAAAGACGUCGAAUUGAAAAAGACUUUAGAAUUAGCUGAUCAACAAGCUAAUAUACAACAGAAAAUGAAUGAACUAAAGGCUGAAGUAGACAAUAAGGAUCAAGAUAUACAUCAUUUACAAAGACAGUUAAAAGAUGCUGAACAAAUUUUAGCUACAUCAUUGUAUCAGGCAAGACAAAAACUUGCUUCUAUAGUCAAGUCAAGAAAAAGGCCGGUACCUUCGGAAGAAUUGAUAAAAUUUGCUCACAGAAUAAGUGCAUCAAAUGCAGUCAGUGCACCAUUAUCCUGGCAGCCAGGAGAUCCUCGGAGGCCAUAUCCAACUGAUCUUGAAAUGAGAUUAGGAAUGCUUGGCAGACUUUGUGAUCUACCUCUAAAUGGUCACACACCAUCCACAUUAAAUGAACUGCAUAGAAUAACCACUGGUGGAGUACCAGCGUCAGCAUCAAACCAGUUCACAUGGCACUCAUCGGGGGAGCUGCAUAUGACAGUGGGGGGAGGGAACUCGGUAGCAAUAGAUGGCCGCGGCAAGGACGCUCCCAAUCAAGAGGAUGUUGAAGUUAUGUCCACUGACUCAAGUUCCAGUUCCAGCAGUGAUUCGCAAUAGAUAUUACAAAAAUUAAAAUAGCUUUAUUAAUUUACAUAUAAAGUUAUA